AUGCAGGACCCGCACGAUGCAGUUGUUCCCGCUGAUGCGGAUAACGCGUCCGACCUGGGAGAUGGAUAUGAGUCGUCGACCUUGACUUCUCUGAGGUCCAGCAUCUUGGAGAAUCAGCUGGAGAACGGGAGGACGUACCACUCUCUCAGCGCUGGAAAGUACAACUAUCCCAAUGACGAUAGAGAGAACGACCGAUUGGACCUCCAACAUCGUAUAUGGAUCAUUUGUUUCGAUGGCGACCUAGCCCUUAACCCGGGCCAUAAGACCGCAAAACGAGUCCUUGACAUCGGCACCGGGACAGGUCUGUGGGCCAUCGACUAUGCGGACGCGUUUCCCUCCGCCGAGGUGAUUGGAGUCGACCUCAGCCCGAUCCAACCAGGAUGGACUCCGCCCAAUUGCUCAUUUGAAAUCGACGAUCUCGAAAAGCCGUGGACUUGGACGAAGCCGUUUGACUUUAUUAUGUGCCGCGGCAUGGCGGGCUGCUUUGCAGACGUACCUGCCAUGAUCAGAAAGUUCUACGACAACCUCACUCCAGGCGGCUGGUUCGAGAUAGACGACCUCGCGCUCCCCCUCGGCUGCGACGACGGCACGCUGACCAAAGACUCGGCCCUCUGGCGCUGGCACGACGCCGUGUCCCAGGCCUCGGAGAAACUGGGCCGGCCCCUGGUGAGCAUGUCGACUCACCUGGACGCCAUCAAAGCCGCGGGCUUUGUGGAUGUCGAGUUCAGGGAGUUCAAGUGGCCUUUGAACUCGUGGCCUAAAGACGCGCGUCUGAAAGAGCUCGGCAGCUGGCAGUGCAACAACCUGGACAUGGGCCUCGAGGGUCUCUCUCUGGCGCUGCUGACGCGGGCCCUGGACUGGAGCCAGGAGGAGGUUCUCGCGCUGUGCGCGUUGGCGCGGAAGGAUCUGCGCAAUCGCAGUAUUCACGCGUACUGGAGGGUGCAUUGCGUUUACGCUAAGAAGCCUCAUGAUGAGAAGGAGGCAUAG